GUUUAAUGAAACCUUGAAGACUUUCCGUAGCAGCGUAACAUCCGACGAACAGAGACGCGCUCUCAGAAACGUCCAGAACUGUACAAAAGUUUCCUCAGGGCCUAUUUGCUGCCUUUGUCGACUGUUUGGAGGUCACUUCUUGCACGCUGCUCGUUGACUGGCCCUCCUGCUGGCUGAUCUGAACUUUGCAACAUCCUCGGCCUGCCGUGUCAUCUGCACUGCUGUUUCCAGGAAUUUAAAGACCCUCAAGCUCCAAACAGAGCCUUGAACCACAGCACCAAUGAAAAAAAGAAGUCUGCCAACAGCAUAAAGGAAAUGGAUAAGAAUCAACAAAAUCUUCAGGAACAGUUAGGAAAUUCUUGUCCAAAAAAGCCUGCUAGAUUUGUGUCUGAAGACUUUAGGAAACAACACACUGAUGACAUUGAGGGUUUCGCUUCAAGUUUUUUUCCUAAUGAUAAAGACGAUAAAGUAUUCAUAGUAAAAUAUAAAGAUGUUUAUAAGUGUCCAGAUAUGUACAAGCAUAUCAUUAUAUAUGGUUUACAAUUAGAAUGGGGGGGUAAAGACUACAUCUGGAAAGAAUUUAAGUUACUUUCCCAAGAGGAUGAUAUUAAUUUUGUUUUAGUCAACUGCUAUAUACUUCAGAGUAGUGACGACAUCCUGAAUUUGAUCAAACACUAUGCAAGUGUUGGUGAAAAGGAUCCCAAAUACAUCAUGAUAAACAGCUGGAUUUAUAAACUGUAUCCAAAGAAACUUUAUGUAUUUCUUGUAGGAAAACAGCUCAAUAGAACAGAAAAGGCAGAUGAAAUCAGAUCAGUUAUUGAAGGUCAGUACAAGAAGCACAUAUACGAAGACAUUCAAGAAGGAAUCAGGAGCUGUAGAAAGAAUAAUAAGGAUUUGAAUGAUCUGUGUGAUGAGUACGCUCACUACAAAAGAGAUACUUUACAGGGCAUCUAUACACACGGACGUUUAGAUCCCUGUAAAGAAGCUUGGUUUACUACAUACUUUAUAGCAACAAUGAUUUCAGAGUCUAUAAGAAACUUUAGGUCCUUUAUCACCACACUAAUGAUUUUAGAUAUGAGUCUCAGCCAAAAUCCUGAAUUUCUUUUAGAGAAGCUUCCAAUGGCGAGAGGGGGAAGCUGGAUAAACUCAGAUAAACGGGGAUUUUAUGGGGCAAGCACUCCAGUCCAUGGGAAAAAAACAAGACUUAAAAAGCUAAUAGAGGAUGAAGAAGAAAUCUUUAAAAAAUGGCUUUUACACAGAAAUAAAUCAGAGAUUGAUACCGAAACGAUUAAACGUCUCCUCGAGUUGGUGUACGGUAAACUCCGACUCCGUACUGAUCCUUCACUUCUAGAAACCUUCAUCACAAAUUAUGUACAUUUUAAAAAGGAAAUAAAAUCUAAAAUUCCCCCUGAAUUACUGAGAGGGUCACAUGGUAGACAGAUUUCUCUACAGAAUUUUAAUUUAAGUUGUUUAUCAUCUUUAAUCAGUCCGACCACAAUUAGACCAAAAUUAAUCACUCAUUACCCCAUGGAUCCUUCUCUAUGUCAGUCAUGUGCAAUUAUUCAUCAGAAAACAUUCAGAAUCUAAAUUUGUAUUUAUAUGGUUAUGAUUUGGACUGGUGUGGGGAUGAGAGCCACUCACCUCUGAAGACAUCAGUCCAGACAUCCAACUCCAACAUCUCUAUAAACCCAGAUGUUCUGUCCUCAGUAAACAUGUGGAUUCUGUUUCACCAACACUUCAGUACAGACCCUGUAGAUUUCAGCUCAGGUCUUUGGAAGAAGAACAGAACACUUCACUUUACAAACCUGCUGAAGGUUGAAGCGUUAAUCUGUUUACAUUUAAAUUCUUUCUUCUCUAAAUUUAUCCAAAUGAAAGUCCACGUCUAUAUAGACUAUGCUGUAAAACAGCAUCACCUAAAUUUCCUCUUUCUCCCAUCAGAAAGUCUCUUAGAAAAAUUACUGAAGAGUCCACACAGAUUCUUUAUAUCUAAUGCAACACAUAAAAUAACACACAGUACAUCACUGAACACUGGGAGCAGCAAAAAAUUACAUUUUUACACAACAGCUGAGGGCAUGAGAUUCAAUUCCACAAUUCCACAUCUGUGUUUAACUCCAGCAAAACAAUUUCACAGAGCUCAACUGCUGUCUGACAACCAGCAGCUAAAAUAUGGCAACCUGUAUGGGAAUAGAAGUCUUUAUAUUCUGUAUCAAUGCAAUUCUAUCCUGUAUGGAAAUAGAAGUAUUUACAUUCAAUUAAUUAAAUAUUAAAAGGAUGGAUUGAGGCUUUUCGUGCCAUCGUGAUUACUUUGUUUGCAUUUAUAGACAAAAAUGAAAAUUAUAGUAUAUCCCCUAAGUGUUAAUCCAUUUACUUUAUUGUUGAUUGUCAUAUCAGAGAGAGAAAGAUUGUAAGUUUGUGUUCAGAGUGUGUCGAGCCUGUAAGUUUUGUUUUGUUUAUGUCAGUUGAUAGAUUUGUUCGUGCUUGACCCAUGCCUGAUAUUGACUAUGAUUACAGACUCUGAUUUUGACUUGUUAGCCAUAUAUUUUUAUAAUAGGCUUUUUAUUCAAAACGUGCCAACAUAUUGUGACAAGGUAUGUAGGGGGAUCGACGCCAUUUAUUUUGAAUAUCUUUAUUAUAUUGUUUUUUGCUUUGUUUUUUGAGGGAGUUAGGUAAGAAAUGAUUGUAUUUUAUUUUCUUUCAUUUUGGUUUAAGUAAGAAAGAGGUAUUUUGAGGAAGAUUGUUUUGUUUAUUAUUUUGGCCUUGUCCUCCCCUGAAGCCUAAAUCCUUGUCUACUAGUGAAUAAAAGAUUGUGAAUUGUAA